AUAGCAACUCAAGCAACUCAACUACGAACUACCAACGAUCACCUCUACCUAAGAAGCUUCACGACUUGAUCACAACAGCAAAUAUGUCUUCAAACAACAACGAGAACCCUACCUCCACUCUCCAGUCCGUCGUCGACCAGGCCAGCGCCGCGAUCCAGUCCGGAAUCGGUGCUUUGACUGGCAACCCGGGCGACAAGAAAGUAGCCGACGACAAGCGAGCCAAAGCUGAUGUCGAGCACGACCUCUCACACUCCGCCGCCAAAGCCGGCCCCUUCACCGUCAACGCCUCCGGUGGCGUAGCCAAGGACGACCCGAAUCGCACACAAGGCAGCUGGAACCAGACUGUCGGCUCAGCAAAGGAGGCAGUUGGUAACCUUGUCGGCGCCGAGGGCCUCAAGCAGGAGGGCAUCCGGCAGAACCGCGAGGGCAAGGGCCAGGAAGCUCAGGGACAGAUGUCGGAUCUCGGGAAGGGCAUCCAGGAUCGUCUCGGAGGAACAAUAGGGGGAGCGGUUGCGGGCCUCACGGGCAACCAGGCGCAGCGGGAUGAGGCGCAGAGGCAGCAUGAUGAGGGGAAGGCGAGGCAGAGGGGGGUGGAGGCGGAUUUGCAGAAGGAGAAUCCGCAAUAAAUGGAUGAGGGAUGGAUAUGGUACACUUGAGCUAGUUAGACACACCUGCGAUGGAGCGGUUAUGGGUCGGUUAUGGAUGAUAUCCCAGUUUUCCUGAGUAGGAACAUGCGAUACCCUUAGUUCUGGAAUAGAGAAUGGAAGGAUGGAUAGGCAUUGAUACUG